UCCAUUUCAUCUGCUUGGUGCUGCCGGCUACUAUAUCUUGAUGCUUUGUUGAUUAGUACCAUGGAUUGGCUGGAUCUGUGUGAGCCAAGCCAAAACAACAGAUUCGAGUGGGAGUCAGUUCAGUCAAAAAACCAAAAGGGGAAACCGAGAGGGAAACAUGGGGUAAGGUGAGGAACGUGGGAGAAAUACUCCUGAGCAGAUGGAUAUACAGAUGUCUCCAGAUCCCUAUCCUCUUUAUCUGAAAAAAGCUAUUAUCCAGCAUGGUCAGUUGGUCAAGGAGUAUGGAUUAUAUAUCUGACCGUGACUUACAGAGUAGCAACAGGGCCCAAUACUUAGUAGUACAUGCUAGUUUCUACUAAUCAGUCAAAUAGGGCUCAAUAUGGAUUAGUUACAUUUCAUAAUCUGCAAGAAAUUAAUUUACUUAGUAUAUUGUAUUAAACAUAUAGGCAAUUAAUGUCCUCAAUAUCAAAGAAUUGUAUUUCAGGCCAACAUAUUUUUGCUGUGUUUGUGUGUAAAUUUGCAGUAACAUGAAUAUAGUUUAUAAAUUAACUGUCAUCUACAUCUUCUUCACUUUGGAUGUCACUUUCAUCAUCUGUAUCUGUAUACUCAGCGCCAUCACUUUCAGAAUCUUCCUCUUCUUCUUCCUCUUCAAACAUAUCAUCUUCAGAAUGUGUUACUGGUUCUGCUUCAAUGGGUUCACAUUCGACUCCAUCUUUACUGAGAACCGUAGGGAAGAAAGUCAUACAAAUCACGUGGCUUCGUCUUGACUACAACAAACCAUUUAGGGUCUCUAGUAUCUUUGACAUAAUAUACUUGCUCAGCUUGUGUUGCCAAAAUAUAUGGCUCAUCAAUUGGCAAUGUACGGGAAGUAUUAAUUAAGGUACAUAGAACAAAAAUUUACACAUUCUUGCAAAAUAUAUGCCUCAGCUAUCGAUCCUUCAGGGCGAGCUUUGUUUUUUACAAAUGACUUCAACCUUCGCAAAAACCUUUCAAUGGGAUACAUCCACCGAUACUGGACAGGUUCACCAGCAAUAGCUUCCUAGGCUAAAUGGAUUGGUAGAUGCAACAUUACAUCAAAGAAUGAGGGGGGGGGAAUCAUCUCUAACUUACAGAGGGUACAGCUAUUGAUGAUGCAAGCUUCUUGAGAAUUACAGUAUCUAAUUUCUUGGAACAAAUUUCUCUAAAAAAGCUACAUAGCUCAAUUAUAGCCUCACAAACAUUAGCAGGCAGAACUCCACGAAUAGAAAGUGGAAGGUAUCUGUGUAAAAAUACAUGACAAUCAUGACACUUCAUCCCUGAUAUUUUAGCUUUUGUUGCAUCCACAUAGUGUGAAAUUUUUGAAGAGUAUCCAUCUGGCACUUUUAUUUCUCUAAGGAACUCACAAAAUGCUUUCUUCUCAGCUAGUGUCAUUGUAUAGCAUGCAGGACGAAAUAAGAACUUCCCAUCACCAGUUGGAGGUGCAUGAAGUUCAUGUCGUAUUUUCAUGAGUUCCAAAUCAAACCGGGAUUUAAUAUUGUCCUUUGUCUUCCCAUCCAGAUUUAACAAGAUUGACCAGAUAGGAUCUACUAUCAUUCUGUACGCAAAAUUCCCCGAGAUCUCAAUGGCAGACUAUCAGUGUGUAAUGACACAAGUUGAGCGACAGUACAAUGUAAGACGCCACAAACUGUACAAGACCUAUUGCACAACAAAACAGUGCCCUAGUCAUGUUGCGCCAGAGGACUGGCAGUGGUUGAUUGAUAACUUAUGGAGUGAUGAGCAGUUCCAGAAACGGAGCAAACAAAAUUCCAUUAAUAGAUCAAAGCAAGAGAUGAAAUCACAUGUUGGAACAAAGUCUAUAGUGCAAAUAGCACAUGAACUGAGAAAUCCAGUGACAGGUGAAUGGACUAGUGCUAUAGAUGUUUGGAAGGCAACAUAUUUGAAGAAUGGAACAUGGUCUGUUUCUAAUGGCGAAGAAAUUCUGAACAAUCUGCAGACAACAGCUGAAACAAACUAUGAAAGGAUUGCAGCUGCUAAAAUCCCAAUGGUUGAACUCUUUGCAUUAGUCCUUGGCAGAAAGCCAAACCACUCGCGUGGAGUUGGUAUUAGUGCAAUCAAUGAGGGAGCUCAAGAGAGGUACAAAGUUCAUGCACAAGCAGAAGCUGCCCAACAGCAAGCCAAUGAUGCACAUCAACAAGCUGCUGUUUUGCUCGAAGAAGUUCAAAAAUUGACAGUAGAAAACUUGCAAUUAAAGGGCGAGUUGCAGUCUCAGCGUGAAGAGUUGAAUUCUCAGAAAAGAACCGUAGAGGAACAAAGUGGUCACAUGGAGCGUUUCUUGGACCAGGAACUUGAGGAAAGAAUGAAAGCAAUGUGGGCACGCAUGGGUGGCACUGGUGGUGCUUCAUCUUCAAGUGCCCCAAACAAUUAAGAAUUUCCAAGUUGACAAAGACUGGCGUCGUGGAGUUGCUACAAAGUUUUGUCCAUCUAGGCGAGCAUCCUAGAGUCCGUGUCCCAAGUUUCAUUUGUUGCUUAGGUGUUCAGUUAUCAAUUUAGUUAUGGUCUUAGUUGAAAUGCUCUUUGUAUGAGCACUUUGUUAUCAUUCAUUAAUAAAGGAUAGUUUCCUCUAGUGUGAGGAACCCUUUUUAAUUUAGGUGAUAUUUCAAUUGAGUUCUGAAGUGCUCUAUUCCAAGCAUACUGUAAUCAUUCAUGAAUAAAGAGGUGCUCUGUUAUGAAUGUUUAAACUUGCCAUUGCUC